AAGUAGAGGGCUGGUUUAAGUCGUCUCGGUCCAGGGAUUGAGCGAGAGGAGAGUGAAGGCUGGCAGGUCGGCACUGGAGAUGGGCAGCACUGUAGGACUCCGCUCCAGUCCAAGGGCUUGGGGAUGUGGCUGGAAUGUCGCCCGACUCCUGUGCUUUGCUACCAUUUGCUGGGUGCUCGGGACUCAGAUGGAAGUGGGAGCCUGGACCUACCAUUAUGGUAACAAAUCUGAUUACUCAUGGGAGCUGGCCAGAAACUUUUGCAGGUCAUUCUACACUGACCUCGUAGCAAUCCAGAACCAGGGGGAAAUUGUUUAUCUCAACAAUGUCUUACCCCGCCAUAGAACAUACUACUGGAUUGGGAUACGAAAGAUAAACAAUGUCUGGACCUGGGUUGGUACCAACAAGGCCCUGACGAAGGAGGCUGAGAACUGGGCUAACAGGGAACCCAACAAUAAAGGGAAGAACCAAGACUGUGUGGAGAUUUACAUAAAGAGGGAUCAUGAUGCUGGAAGAUGGAACGAUGAGAACUGCCAAAAGAAAAAGAGGGCGCUGUGUUACCAAGCGUCUUGCCAGCGUUCCUCCUGCAGCCAGCGCGGUGAGUGUGUGGAGACCAUCGGGAACUACAGCUGUGAUUGCUACCCUGGUUUCUACGGGCCUGAGUGUGAACACGUUGUGAGGUGCAAAAACCUUGACCCCAGGCCUGACUGCAGUCAUCCCCUGGGGGAAUUUAGCUACAACUCCACAUGCAAGUUCCAGUGCCAGGAGGGGUUUGAACUGCAAGGGCUGGACACGUUGCAGUGCUUGGCGUCGGGGAACUGGACAGCAGCGGCUCCAGAGUGUGCAGCUGUCAAGUGCCCAGUGCUGGAUUCCCCGGGCAGGGGCAGAUUAAACUGUACUCAUUGGCAUGGAGACUUCACGUAUAACUCCACCUGUGCCUUUUCCUGUGAGACGGGGUUUGUGCGGAAUGGAUUGGAGACACUGGAGUGUACGGCCCUGGGACAAUGGAAAGGGCGUCCCCCGCGCUGUGAAGCUGUCAAGUGCCCAGUGCUGGCUGCUUUGGAAAGGGGCAGAUUAAACUGCACUCACUGGCAUGGAGACUUCACGUAUAACUCCACC